AUGCAUCGAAAAGUUGCCAUCUUUUUGUUUGCGAUCAUUGUGAUUGCUAAUUCACCUACUUCAUGUAUUGCUAGUAGAUCACUAGUACUAGAUGGUGAUGAUGCAACACCAAAUUCAAAUACUUUCUAUACCUCUGAGUAUGCCCCCACCGAUGAUGAUGAUGACUCACAAUUAAAGGAGGCCUUCUUCCCAGAAGCAUGGGGAUCUCGACCAAUGAAGACAUUCGAUGUUGGGAAUAAUAACGCCGAGACACAAGAUGAUUCGCAUCAAGCCUUCCUAGAAGCAAUGGGAGCGCAAGAAAAUACUUUCAAUGUGAUUGAUUAUGGUGCUGUUGGGAAUGGCCAAGCUGAUGAUUCAAUUGCCUUCCUCAAAGCAUGGGGAGCUCUGUGUGUAUCAACAACUCGAGGCAUCGCUACCCUGGUUGUACCGAAAAGUAAAACAUUCUUGUUAAAUUCCGUGGCUUUCCAGGGUCCUUGCAGGUCAAGUAACAUAAAUUUCCAGAUACAAGGAAGUAUUAUUGCUCCAAAUAACAUUGGUGCAUGGAAAAACAAGGACAAAUGGAUUCAGUUUGCGAAUGUGCCCGGUCUUAUGAUAAACGGCGGAGGUCGAAUAGAUGGCAACGGUGCCGGUUGGUGGAAAUUAUGCGGGAACAAGAAAUCACACUGCCAGCGACCAACUAGUCUCCACAUCCACAAAUGUGAUGGUUUCCUGCUGAGUCGCCUCACAUUCUUGAACAGCCCCAAGAAUCAUAUAAGCAUCAACAGCUGCAAUGGUGGCCGGGUUUUCGGACUCUUAAUUAGUGCUCCGAAAGAAAGCCCUAACACUGAUGGAAUUGAUAUUUCUUCAUCCACCAAACUUACCAUUCACAAUUCUCUUAUUGCAACUGGCGAUGACUGUAUUGCCAUCAAUAGUGGUUCAUCUUUUAUCAAGAUUAAUGGUGUUAAAUGUGGACCAGGCCAUGGUAUUAGUAUUGGAAGUCUUGGUCAAAAUGGAGAACAUAGUGCAGUGGAAGAGAUUCAAGUAAGCAAUUGCAGUUUCAGAGGCACCCAAAAUGGAAUGAGAAUCAAGACAUGGGAAGGCGGCUCAGGAUAUGCGAGGAAGAUCACCUUUGAGGGAAUUACAUUUACAGACAUUGAGAACCCAAUCAUAAUAGACCAGCACUAUUUUGCUAAUCCUACUUCAGUAAUGGACAUAAACAAGUGCGUACAAGUGAGCGAUGUGACAUUCCGUAACAUUGCUGGAUCUUCCGGUGUUUCGCAAGCAAUUACAUUGGACUGUGGACAGAAUUGCUGCACCAACAUUAUAAUGGAUAACGUCAAUAUAAGAUCGGGUGUUCCAAACAAGGAUGUUUAUGCAUACUGCAACAAUGCCCAGGGCACCUCUUCCUUCUCCACGCCUUACGUCCCCUGCCUUUCCCAUUAGUUCACAUCCAACAUAUGUCUAAGUAGGUUUACUAAAAGAGAGAAAAAAAACCAUAUGCCUAAGUACCUUUCUAGGUUUAAUUAGUUAAUAAUAUUUGAUGUAAUUCAACGAAUUACUAGUAAUUAAUUAAUAAAAAUUGUUC